CAAUCAAGGGUUCUCUUUGCGCUCUCAGCCAUAAUGGACAGGCCGGUAUCUCGUUUAGGCGCGCGAGGAAUUUCAAACGUCUUGGGAGGGGGAAAGGAGCGAUGCUUAUAAAGUGGAGGAAGAGGAGGGAGGAAGGAGGAGGAGGAAUCAUGCAUUAGCGGUAGUGCCUGGCGCGGUUCGUCUCCGGAGCUUAGGGUUUGACGCCAGACGCGCGAAGAAGGGUCGGUGCCAGAGAACUUUUAUGAGUGGAAAAUUGAGACGCCGCCCAAGCGGAAAUCUGGCUGGCUCGGGGUGGUGGAAGACCUGGGAGUAGACCGCGGCUAGGUUUCUGAAAAGUUAGUUGUCGCCCCACGCCAUGAGCUGCUGCCAUUGGAGAAGCCUGGCCACGCCCCUUUUCUGAAAGGCGAGGGUUGGUAUGCCAACACCACCAUGGCCCAGGAUCCGGUGAUGCUUCAAGCAGAGGUGGAGCGCCUUGUAGCUGAGCUACAGGAGGCAACCCAAGAGAAGGUCCAGGCAGCAGAGUAUGGGCUGGCGGUACUGGAGGAGAAUGGUGAACUGAAGCAGCGCUGUAGAGAUCUGGAAGGUCAGCUAGAGAUGCUACGAAUGGAGCUGGUUCACAUGAAGGAGGCUUUGGCAGAGACCCACAGCUGUCACAAACGGGCAGCUGCUGAUGGGGAGAGCCGAGAAGAGUGUUUGCUUAGGGAAACUGCUUCCAAAGAGGCCCGCCUGACUCAAACCAUUGAGGAGCUCCAUGGUGAAAUGAAGCAUCUGAGAUCUCAACUUGACACUACUGGGGCCGAAAAUGAGCGGCUUGCUGUAGCACUGAGGGACUUGAGGAAGGAAUGUCAGGCAUUGGAAUCUGAGAAAGCCCGGCUGCGUGAGGAGAUGAAACAGGCCAAGACGCGAGAACUGCGUCAGUUGCAGGACUGUGCAGAGCUUGAGGACGAGAACAUCUCCCUGCAGAAGCAGGUCUCGGCACUCCGGGGCAGUCAGGUGGAGUUUGAGAGUGUCAAGCGCGCCCUGAGCUGCCGUGAGGAAGAGCUGGUGCUUGCUGGAACCCAAUUACUGGAAUUGGGUCGCCUCCGGGACCUGGCAGAACACCAGCUUCAAGAGGCACUCGAGGCUCUGCAGGCAGAACGGGAGCAAAAGCAGGAACUGCGGCGAGAACUGGCCAUCUAUGCAGGUGGCCGCCAUGACUCAAUAACUACCCUGCAGGCCAACCUGGAGGAGCUCAAUCACGGUCACACAGAGAGUGAGGAGCAAGACAGUGGCUUUGCCAAUGGUAGCAGCGUUGGGGGCAUGGCUUCCACGCCCCAAGGUGGCCGCCCUGCCCCAGGUCUAGUAGCUGACCUGUUCAGUGAGCUUAGCUUGGCAGAGAUUCACAAACUUCAGCAGCAACUGCUACAGGCAGAAAACGAGAAGGCCUCUCUUGCCUCAGACCUGCAGGACCUCAAGAAGCAGCUGACCACCACCAAGGAGACUCUGGCCCAGCAGCAGUUGUGCAACAGCCACAAGGCUCAGGGCUUGGAUCCAGGCCCUGGUGGCGAUAGGGCUAGUCCAUUGCUCAGCGAGGUAGAGCGCUGCCACAAGGAGAUGGAAAAGGCCCAGCUGGCUGUCCAGCAAGAGAGGGAGACUUCUGCCCAGCUAGAAACAGAACUGCGUGUUGCCAGAAGGAUGACCCGGGAGUGUCAGUCACGGCUGGCCCAAGCCCAGGAAGAGCUUCUGGCUUUCUCUGAGGAGAUGGCCGCCCUGUACCAUCACGUAUGUGCCUGCCACAACAUCACCCCUCAUCGUGUGGUGCUGGACUAUUACCGGGAGGGCCGUGGGGCCCGGAGUAUGGGGAGGAGGCGGGCUUCCAGAAAGCUUCAUCUCACAGAAAUGGAAACCAGCAGCAGUGGGGAUCAGUCACCCACCAGCAGCAGUCCCGGUUCCCCCUGCGGCUUGGAGCCCCUCCACGUGGCCCACCUGACAGCUGUCUUGCGGGAGCAGCUAAGGCAUCUGCAGAUGGCACUCUCCCUGGUCCAUCAGCAGAGCCCCAUGGGGCGCGGAGCCGAGUUGGAGCGCGACAAGGAGGCACUGGUGGAAGAGGUGCUGAAGCUGAAGUCCUUGCUGAGCACGAAGCGGGAGCAGAUUGCGACCCUGCGCACGGUGCUCAAGGCCAACAAGCAGACGGCGGAGGCAGCCCUCUCCAACCUCAAAGGCCAAUACGAAGGGGAGAAGGUGCUGGUGUCCGAGACCAUGGUUAAGCUCCGUCACGAGCUCAAAGCGCUGAAGGAAGAUGCUGCUACUUUCUGUUCCCUGCGCGCCAUGUUUGCCAGCAGGUGUGAUCAGUAUGUGAGCCAGCUGGACGAGAUGCAGAGGCAACUAGCAGCUGCUGAGGAUGAGAAGAAGACACUGAGCUCCCUCUUGCGCAUGGCCAUCCAGCAAAAGCUGGCCCUCACCCAGCGGUUGGAGUCCUUGGAGACACCUGUGGAGGUGACACGGGGCAGCAGGAGGCCACUCAGACCAGCCAAGAGCAGUGCGAGAUGAGAGAGCUGGAUUCUGGAGCAAGAUUUCCAAGCCUUCUGGAUGUGUUGGUUCAUGCCCUUUGUGAUCACAGAACUCCAGGAACUGGGGCUGGGGUGGGGAAUUGGUGCCUGAAACCCACAGCCAGUCCUAAAGAGCCCUGUACCACAACAGAGGCCUCAGCCAAAGCUCCCUCUGUGCCUUAAGACUCCUUGAAGACACUGUCUCCUCUAGAUUUGCCUGUUGUGCUGGGUUUCCCUAAGCGCCUUGAUUGCUGUGCCUUCUUAUUAGCUCUAAUGUUAGUGACACUGGUGUCAGCCUUAAUGAUUAGGGCUGCCUACUUCCUGUGGAUUGGUUGAAGUGGUGGUGGUGAGGGGGCUGUCUUUUUCUCCUCCACUCGGUUUACUUUCCUUAGCUUGACAUGUUCACUCUUUUCUCUGCUCACCAGUUCUUUUCCUACCUCCUCUUUCCAUUUCCCCUCCCCUCAUGGGAUUUUGCAAUUACUAAUUGCUGACUGCACAGAAAAUGAAAGAAGAUGGAAAACAAGUACUGUGCAGUCAUAAGAUGCCUUGUGGGAUGUGUACAAUUUAUAUAAAGCAAUUCUGUUCAUAGUCAAAUCUAGAUGAGCCCCUGAUUGUUUGUCUCAAAUAAAUAAUUGGCCAUUCUGGAUCUUCAGUCAUCUUUUUCUCUUGCUCCGCCACUGAAAAAUGGUAUUGUUAAUUGCUUUCACCUUCAUUUGUUUUUCAAUAACAAGAAUGGAUUGUCAAAACAGAACCAGUGUUUUUCCAAAUGUGCUUAUCCAUUUGCCUUUCAAAGACGUAUGUAUUCUCUGUUCUGUUCAGCUAAUAGUAUUGUAUCCGCAAUCAGUGCAUGACGUAUUCUCUUUCUGUUUGCUGAUAUGACAUAUUUAAAGAAUAACAAACAUCACUGAAUCUA